UUUACCUGAAUGUUGAAUCGAACUUUCUAAAGAUAUACCUGUCGUGGUACUCGCCGUCUCACAUGGCCUACUCCAUUCAGUAUUCUCCAGUUCGCCAUCCGACUAUAACCGAUUAAAAACCUCGCAAAAUGAAGGAAAAAGGUUGAUUUUUGUGAACGUGUAAAGUUUCUGUGAUUCCCAGUGUCUGUACGGAAAAAUGUGAGUGAUUUGGGAGAUUUCAACGCACGAUCAAGCAGAAGAUGUGGACUAUUCUGGUGUAGUGACUAAAUUGAUAAACAAUGUUUUGGAAUCGUUGCUUUGUUCUAAUUUCUUUCACCUGGAUCGUCGAAGUAAAAUGCCAGCUCAGCGACAACACCCCUCCCACCAUGUGGUUAGACCGGAACUGGCAAAUUCCCGAAUCGGAACCUGUGGGAAGUAAAAUAAUCCAAGCGCACGGUAGAGACAAUGAGGGUGGGCGCGUUAUUUACGGCUUGGAGCCCCUCCAGUCUUUAGGGAACGAAAAACCAACUGAGAAACUGCCAUUCCGGAUAGAUCCUUACACAGGAAUUGUCUAUUUAAACGAGUCCUUGCAAGGAAGAGCCGGACAAAACGUCCGGUUGUAUGUCACGGCGUCUGAUGGCCAACUUACGGCCAAAUUUGAAGUUUUUGUCAACAUUUUGAAAGAUUCGGAUCCGAAUUCGAGCCUUAGUUUCCCGGGGAGUAAACAGAAUGGGUUGGUACCACCCCCAUUUCUCACAAUUCCGAAUUUUAAUCAACGUCCGAAAAACCCUCCAACGGCUACGUCAAGACAACCACAUUUUCAACAAAAACCAAACGUUACAACGCUUCUAAGACCGAUCAAGGUCAUAGAACCGGUCAAAAAUGAAAUCGAUGAAAAAGAAGAAACAACAACGAGGAAAAUUGAGACGACGAUAAAAUACGAUAAUAAAACACUAGACCAAGCGGUGAAAUCACCCCCCGAUUUAGCCGUUACAGUAGUACCAAUUAUUUCAGUCUGUGCUGUGUUUCUAAUGGUUGGCAUCAUUGCUCUAGUUUUUAGAAAAAAAAUCCAUUUAGGGAAACCCAAAAGUUCCAAAGAUGAUAUUAGGAAACCAUCUUCUGGUGGAAUUGUCUUACCAGAAGAACCAUCUGUUGGUAUGCAACAAUGGAGAGGACCGACAGCUUUCAAUAAUCGGUACGAAUUGUGGGAACGUGAAGUAAACCGUUCACAGGCCAGUCAUCAGAUUUCUGCCCCGAUUAAGGACUCCGAUCACUGGGAGUUUCCCCGACACCGUCUCAAAUUCUUCAACAUUUUGGGCGAAGGAGCUUUCGGACAAGUCUGGAAAUGCGAAGCUACCGAUAUUGACGGAAAAGAGGGCGUUUCCGUGGUAGCAGUGAAAACCCUGAAAGAGAACGCGAACGAAAAAGAGAAAUCGGAUUUGCUUUCCGAGCUUCGCGUGAUGAAAAUGCUGGAAACUCAUCCGAACGUUGUGCGACUUUUGGGCUGUUGCACCGACAAAGAGCCGAUAUUUUUGAUUAUGGAAUAUAUCAGUAAAGGCAAAUUGCAGAGUUAUUUGAGAAAUUCACGAGCGGAGAGAUAUUACAACAACAUGCACGGCCAAAGCAAAUCGCUAACGUCGAGGGAUCUAACAUCUUUUGUAUAUCAAGUCGCCAAGGGAAUGGAGUUUCUGUCCGCUAAUGGGAUAAUCCAUCGGGACCUUGCCGCCCGCAACAUCCUCAUUACGGAGGAGCAUACGUGCAAAGUGGCCGACUUUGGAUUUGCUAGAGACGUUAUAGUCUCACACGUUUACGAAAGAAAGAGCGAGGGGCGACUCCCGAUCCGCUGGAUGGCCCCCGAGUCACUUUACGAUAACAUUUUUUCGGUCAAGUCGGACGUGUGGAGCUUCGGGGUGCUGAUUUGGGAGGUGGUGACGCUGGGAAGUACGCCAUAUCCGGGGCUAUCGGCCGCCGAGGUCAUGAAGAAGGUCCGGGAUGGCUACAGACUGGACAAACCGGAGCACUGCCGCCGUGAACUUUACAACAUAAUGUACUAUUGCUGGGACAAAGACCCGAAACAGCGGCCCUCGUUUGGAGAAUGCGUCCAGCUGCUCGAGAAGCUUCUAAUGACGGAAACCGAUUAUAUCGAAUUAGAACGCUUCCCUGAUCACUCCUAUUACAACAUGAUGAGUUUGAGUGGCGAAAAACUCUGAUGUUUGCAAAGUUUUAGUGUUUUAAGUUAAGCUCACUCCCAGUGGUUGUUACAAAGAAAUAACCAAAGUUAUGACAACAGUUUUUCACACACUGUAAAUUAUUUAUGCUAGGUUUAGUGACAAGACUGUAAGUUAGUUAAGUUUGAGGUAAGUUUAAUUGGAAUUGGGUGCCCAACUUUAUUAUUGUAUUAAUCUUGAGAAGGGCACUUUCAGUCACAAACUGUAAAUCCCAAUUAGUGAUGCGAACACAAAGGACGAUAAGUACCUGCAAGUCCGGUGUCUUAAGUUUAUUUACUAAAUUAUAAUUUUUAUUUUAUUACAAUGUGCAAUAAAAGUGAAAAUA